AUGCCUAUAAAAAGAAAUAAAUUCAGGAUGCAUCAAAAAAUUUUGUUGGUGCUAUAUUUCUUUUUGAGUUAUAAUGGAAUACAAGGAAUGAGGAUUUUGUCUAAAUCAGAAGAUGUGGAGUUAGAAAAACAACUAAAACUCUCAAACAAGCCAGCAAUUAAAAUUGUUCAGACUAAGUAUGGGGAUGUAUAUGACUGUGUAGAUUUCUACAAACAACUUGCAUUUGAUCACCCGCUAUUGAAGGACCAUAAUUUUCAUCCUAAGAUGAAACCUACUUUAUCAAGGAUAAAGAAAAAUUCAAGUGAUUCAACAAGUGGUUGGUCAUCGACAAUAUGGUCAAAAGAUAGAGGUUGUCCUGUUGGAACUGUUCCUAUUAAGAGAAUUACGAAAGAUGACCUUUUAAGACAAAGACAUAUGCCACCGCCAGAAGAUGUCACAUUCGAUGUGAGCAACAACAAUAGUGAGCCAAAAGAAAGAUACACAUCUGGAUAUAAGGUUGCAAUAGCGCGAACUCCAAAUGAUGCAAAUAACAAGUUUACGGGUGCUGGAAUGGUAACUAAUUUUUAUAAUCCUCACGUUGAUGGUCGUCAACACAGUGCAUGUCGACUAAAAAUUCAAAAAGACUCAAAUAUCUUACAAGUUGGUUGGAGAGUGGACCCAACAUUAUACGGUGACAAUCUAACUAGGCUUUUUAUACAUACUCAGGUUGAUGAAACACAUUGCUUUAAUACCCUCUGCCCUGGAAUAUUUAUACAAGUAAACAGUGAGAUACCUCUUGAUAUGUCACUCAUGGAUAAUGUUGCACACCGUGGAGGCACUACAUUUGAGGGAAGAAUGUACAUUGAACGGGAUUUAAUCAGUGGCAAUUGGUGGCUUUUAUUAUCAGACAACUAUGUACAAGUUGGAUUUUGGCCUCAGAGAAUUUUCACUGGCUUGGCAAGCUUUGCUACGAACGUUGAAUGGGGAGGAGUGGUGUAUAGUCCACCGGGUGUACCUAAACCUCCCAUGGGAUCAAGUUUUUUUCCAAUUGGAGACAAUCUUUAUGAUGCAUUUUGUAGAAGUAUUACAGUUCUAAACGAGACAGGAACGGUGAAUAAAGUGGAUAAAGUGACCAUGCUUGUCAAUAGUCCUAAUAUAUACCAUGUUUUAUUUGAACGACUUGAGAGUGAUACAAAGUCUGACCUUUUUGUUCUUUACGGGGGACCUGAUGAGAGUGCAAAAGUCUAA